GAAAGAUAUUUAACCUACCUACCUCACGAUGGUUUUAAUAAUCAAAGAAUUGAAUUAGAAAAUGCAAUAUUCUUAGCAUGGUUUCUAAAUAGAACUUUAAUAAUUCCUCCUCUCCUAUUUUUUAAAGGUGUUGCACCAAUCAUAUCACAACCAUAUGAUAAACUAUAUGAACUUUUAACAAGAUUUAUGCAUCCUAACGACGAUUUUAAGAAUAACAAUUUUGAAUUUUGUUUUAGUGAAGAUAAAACAAAUUGUAACUUUGUAUUAUGCUUUCGAGAAGAUCAAAGCAAUUGUAGGAUAGUAUCCUACACUAUGUAUAAUUGGGAAGAGUUGCUGGAUUUUGCAUUUUUGAAACAGCAUAUCAAGUAUAUUCACCGCCAAGAUUUUAAUCUAAAAUAUUUAUUAGAAUCACUUCAAAUUCAUCACGAUAAAGAAGUGUAUAAUGUGACUAGUGAUCAAGCACAAUAUCAACAACGGUAUUACGAUGACCCUACAUCAACAAUAAAGCUCGGUAAAUUCAAAGAACGAGUGAAUUUAAUCGACUUAAGUAAAAGAACAGAAAAAUUAUUACAUUUUGGAAGUGUGUUUUCAUCGAUUAGAAUUGUUCGAGAAUUACCUGAAAGCAAAAAAAUUUGGAACAAAUUAAUAAAUGAACUACUACCAAACAAUCCAAAGAUGAUUAAUAUCGUAAAUGGAAUUAUUGACAGAAUUGGAGGAACGAAUAGUUUUAUUGGAGUACAUGCAAGACUAGGAGAUGGUUACUUUGUCAAGCAUCAAAAUGAAAUAGUACAAGAACUUAUUAAAGGAAUUCAAAAAGAUUUUAAUCAUACUGACAUAAAAAAUGAUAGUGCUUGUUUACCAGCAACAAUAUUUUUGGCAACAGAUGUAGAACGCAAUCAUAAUUCCCUUCAACCAUUCUUUCAAACUUUUCCAUGUAUAUAUAUGUUAGAUGAUUUUAAUGAUUUAUUAGAAUCUUUGAAAUUUUUAAAAAAUCCUAAAGAUG